AUGAAUUAUUUAAUUUGUUUAAUUAUUUACUUUGCAGUAAUUGUGAACAUUGAUUGUGGAUCAUCUGCUCCUAGUUACACCGAUGACUUUUCGGUGGUCUGGACGGGGGAUACGGACUACAUCAGCAAUGGGAUGUCAAAGACUGUCCCAGCCAUCAACUCGGUAUCAAACGUUCUGAACACUCUAAGAGUGUUUACUAGCCGGAAAAAGAACUGUUACAUCAUCCCGGCUGAGCAGGGCGGCAAAGUUCUUGUCGUUGCGAGUUUUUACUACGGUAAUUAUGACCAGAAAUCAUCUCCGCCUUCUUUUGAUCUUCAUUUUGAUGGGAACUAUUGGACUACGGUCCAGACGUCGAGGACUUUGUUCGAAAUUUACGAGGUAAUUUAUGUCGUCAAGGGAGAUUCCACCAGCAUUUGUCUUGCUCAAACAUUACCGGGUCAAUAUCCCUUCAUUUCUGCUCUUCAAGUCCGAAGCUUGGAUCUCGACAUGUAUAAUUCUAUGGACAAUGAUCGUGCUUUGUCUUUGAUCAAAAGGGUUGCUUAUGGUGCCAACCAAACUGUCGGACUAUGGAGACCUGCCGUGCCUGGAGACGGGUUAAUUGCAGUGACAAAUACGGAGUCCCCGAAAAUUUUAACCGGUUACCCGGAUUAUCCACCGGAACAAGUGUUGCGAAAUGCCGAGACCUUGACGAACGCGUCCAAUACAAUUAUACUUGGGGUAACUAGUUCGCCGACUCCAAUUCGCUUGUACAUGAACCUGUAUUUCUCCGAAGUGGCCCGCCUUAAUUUCACAGACAAGAGAUCUUUCACUUUGUACAAGGAUGGGGAAUCUUACUCCGACCCCAUCUUGCCGCCCUUUGGCGGAUUCAAGGAAGUUACCGUGACCGCCGACGAGGUUACAUCGGACACCAAAUUCUCUCUUGACCAGGAUGGUGCAUCCACGUUGCCACCUCUGAUCAACGCUAAAGAAGUGUUCUACGUUAGCGAUAUAUUGACCAAUGGCACAAACAGAGAAGAUGUGGCUGGCUUAGCUUUGUUGCAAAAAACUUUUGAUGUGCUACGAGAUUGGAGUGGUGAUCCGUGCCUUCCAGCACCUUAUUCAUGGGACUGGAUUACCUGUAACAGUAAUUCCACACCUCGAGUUACAGCACUGUUCUUAAGCAGCUUUGGUUUAACAGGGCUACUUCCGGACAUAAGUUCCAUGGAUUUUCUUCAAACCAUUUUUACUGAAGAAAAUGACUUCUAUAUAUGUAUAUCCUUUUCUGAUUUGAAUAAUAACAGCCUAAGUGGACCUAUCCCUGAAUUUCUCGGUUCAUUGCCUUACCUUAAACAAUUAAAUUUGGCUAAUAAUCAAUUUAGCGGACCAAUUCCAGCCUCACUUUCCAAGAAGAGCAACUUGAAUCUUGUCACACCGCCUUCGACGAAUUCAGGUCCGACGUCCUCCGGAAGUCCGGCAUCCGGAGGCUCUUCCAGCUCCGAGAAGAAAAGCAGCAACAAAAUGUUGUUUAUCAUUCUGGGCACCACGAUCCCAGCCUUAGUACUCAUCUGUGUUGGUGUAAUUUGUAUUGUCGUAUUCAUAUGUUGCAGGAAGAAACAACCAGCUGAUUUGGAUUCAUCAAACUACAAUACAGCAGUAAUCGGUUUAGUGACAAUUGUACUCCAAUUUCCUACCCAGCUGAGUCUAGGAACCGGCGUCGAUCCUUGUCUUCCCACCCCGUUGGAUUGGAUCGAAUGCAGCAGUGGGACAUAUCCUCGUGUAACAGCAUUAGAAAUGCAGCAUAACUACUUAACAGGAUAUAUUCCUAGUUUUCUGGGAAACUUGCCAUAUCUAGAAGAGUUCUUCUAUGACAACCCUUUCUUGAACCUCCCAACACCAGCUCAGCCUCCGUCUUACUAUUAUAGUCCACCUUUAUAUGGAGGAACGCCACCAGCUACGCCUUUUUAUACCUAUACUCCACCUUCCUCGUAUGGAGGAGGAUCACCACCUCCACCUUCGUAUACCUAUUAUAGUCCACCGUCUUUAUAUGGAGGAAAUCCACCACCUCCGCCGCAUUAUACAUAUAGAAGUCCUUAUCAAUAUCAAAGUACUCCAGCAAGGAAGAAGAAAGGCAGUUUGGCGGCCAUAAUUGGUGGCGUCGCUGGAGGGUUGAUUCUGCUUGGCGCUGCUGUUGGAGUUUUUGCUGUGUUUCGGCAUAAAUCUAGGGUUACAGCAGCAGUUGCACAAGCUAAUGCAGGCAGGAAUUUGCAGAGCCAGAUUACACAUGGUAGGAAACUUGGGGAAACAAAUUACAAGGAUGUCCAAGGUUUACAGAAAAUUAUACUAGCAUUUCCGAUCCUGAGUCUGACUUUGGGAACCAAUGAUGAUCCGUGUCUUCCAACCCGGUUGUCUUGGAUCGAAUGCAGCAGCGCGACAUAUCCUCGUGUGACAGCAUUGGACCUUGGGAACGAGGGUCUGUUCGGAUUUAUCCCGGAUUUCAGCAUAAUGGAUGCUCUGGUGACAAUAGACAUGAGCAACAACGCCUUAACCGGAAACGUUCCUAGCUUUCUUGGGUUUUUGCCAAAUCUUGAAGAGUUAAACUUGGCGAAUAAUCUUCUGACCGGAUACGUUCCAGCCUCAAUACUACAGAACAAGAACUUGAUAACAGAUUUCUCAGGGAACUAUGCUCUGUACCAGCUGCCACCGCCUUCGCCUCAAAUAGUUAGCAGCCCACCUUUUUAUGGAGGAAGAUCACCCCCUCCGCCUUUGUAUACCUAUUACAAUCCACCUUCAUCAUAUGCCGGAAGAUCACCUCCACCGCCUCCACCUCCUUAUACCUAUCAAACUCCUUAUUCAUAUCAAAUUACACCAGCAAAGAAGAAGAAGAAAAGCAAUUUGGCAGCCAUAGUUGGUGGCGUCGCCGGAGGGUUGGUUCUGGUCGGCGCUGUUGUCGGAGUUUUUGCUGUGUUUCAGCAUAAAUCCAGGGUCGCAGCAGCUGUUGCACAGGCUAAUGCAGGUGGACGAACAAGUGCCGUAUCAUCAGAUGGAAGGAAUCUGCAGAGCCACAUUUCAAGUUUUAGUAGAGUAGUAGGCGGAACAGAUUCUAGAGAUGUACAAGGUUUACAGACACUUAUUGAUCAGUUCGUAACCCUGUAUCUGACUACGGGAUCCGUUGACCCUUGUCUCCCAACUCCAUUGUCAUGGAUCGAAUGCAACAGCGCGACAUCUCCUCGCGUUACAGCGCUGUACCUUGCCAGUGCGAAUCUAUUAGGACCAAUUCCAGAUUUCAGCGUAAUGGAUGCGCUUGAGACCAUAGAUAUGCAGAAUAACGCCUUAACCGGAAACAUUCCCAGUUUUCUGGGGAACAUGCCAAAUCUUAAAGAGCUAAACUUGGCGAAUAAUAUUCUCAGCGGAAACAUACCAUCCUCAAUACUACAGAACAAGAAGCUGAAAACAGAUUUUUCUGGGAAUUCCUUGUUACAGGUUCCAAGUAGUUCAAGUGGAGGGACAACUACAACAAGUACAACUACAUACACAUAUGCAAGCACACCAACAAGGAAGAAGAAAAGCAAUUUGGGAGCCAUAAUUGGUGGCGUCGCUGGAGGAUUGACCCUGAUCGGCGCUGCUGUUGGACUUUUCGCUAUGUUCCAGCACAAAGCUAAGGUUGCUGCAGCAGUUGCACAAGCUAAUGCAGAAGCUACCAAGCCCACACAGUUUUCUACAGGCGAAACGCCUUUGAAUCCUGCUGCAACAACACGAAGUUAA